AUGGCCAGCCAAGCCAAAUUAGAAGACGCCGAUCUUAUAGAGAUGGACACGCCUCUUCAGCUCAAUGGCGCUAUCAGGCCUUCCACGAGCAUCAUCGCGGCUCUGAGCUACAAAGACCCCAGCAGCGCGGGCCACGCCAAGCUUGAGGACACCGAUCUUCUCGACAUGGACAACUCGACUCCCUUCAAUAGCACCCGCGGUCCUCCGGCCGAACUAGAGCGCACCUCGAAUUUCAGACCAGGUGGCAAAGCAGAGGCAAUGCUGAUCUCCAAGCGCAACUCAACCUAUCUGUAUCCAACACCUGAGCCCACUCCGCAGAAGGCAGAGCUCAUGCGAGUACUCGCUCGCGCUGGAAGGACAACGGGUCUGCGAGACAGGACGUUCAUGACAGGGAAUUCGUGCCGAAGCCAGUAUGACGAGGAUGUCGAGAUGGAUGAUGGAGAAACGCCAGAAGAAGAUGAUGGGAAUGGGGAGGGAGACGAGGAUGAAAAUACUGGAGAAGACGAGGAAGAUGAGGGAGAGGAAGACGAGAAAAAGAAUGAGCCCCAGGAAGACGAGGAUGAACAUGAAGAUGACGAUGAGGAAGAGCAAGAGGAGUCCUCCACGCCUGGCAUUCCCGUGAUGUAUGCUGCACCUGCCAACGAACGCGUCGACAAGAGAUGCCCACCAAAACUGAAGGGCGCUAGCGUCCUCACCUCAACAGAAGACCGUAGAGGCCCCUCCUACAGACGCACGGUCAUGCAUGAGUCCGGCAGUAAAGCCCCAAGCAGUGCUCGUGGCUUGAAAGGAACCUAUCCCACCGCACACGUGAAGGCCCACCCGGAUAAGAACUUCUGGCAUGGUGGAAGGGGCUGGUGGCACCCAGGUCUGCCAGCAGAGGGUGCGCACCCUACCACAGGUGUUCGUGGUCCUGAUGCAGCCGCAUGGAAAGCCAGAAAUACUGCACAGGGCCGCAAGAAGGUAAGUCAUGUUCCGGAAUGUUUGCUUCGACCAGGUACUAACUCUUGAGACCAGGCGGCUUCUUAA